UUAAAGAGAGAGAGGAUCUAGAAAAGCAGAUUUUUGGAUAUAAAUGCCUUCAGUGUAAACACUUAACUAAACAUUAUGAAAUUGUUGAAAAUCAGAAAAUACUGGAGGAGAAAAUAGCAGAAGUUGAAGAACAGCUCUCUCAGAGACACUUGCUUCUGCUUCCACAGUUUGAACAAAGACAGAAGGUGUUGAAAAGUCUUGAAUACUUGGAUGACGACAUGGAGAUUCAGCCGAAGGGCAUUGUAGCCUGCAGCUUCAGUCACCAUGAGAUCAUAUUGACUGAGAUUAUCUUUGCUGGCAUUCUUGAUGAUUUAGACCCAGAAGAGAUUGCUGCAGUGUUGUCCUGCAUAGUUUAUCGUGGAAAGCAACCUAAACCACUAAUGCUCACUCCAACAAUUGAAGAGAAAAUACAGGAGGUCAAAGAUAUUGCAGCAUAUAUAGCUGGUCAUGAGAAGGAGUACAAUAAAGAGUUUGAUUUUGAAGAUUACGUUGAGCAAUUUAAACCAGGAUUUGCAGAUGUAGUAUAUGAAUGGGCUAGAGGUGAAAAAUUUGAAGUUAUCAUUGAUUUAGCAGGCGGUAUUCCAGAAGGGGAAAUUGUUAAUACAAUCCAACAACUGAUUAACACUUGUCAUGAAAUGCACAAAGCCUGUAAGUGUAAGGAAGUUGGCAAUUCACGAUUUGGAGUAAUGGUUGAUGUGGCAUCAAAUCUGUUAAAACGGGACAUUUUCGCUGUACCAAGCCUUUACACCCAAUUACACAGCUCCUAAUGAACAUCACAUUCACAUGGAAGAUGACUUUGUGAAUGUAACAAAGGUGAUACAGAAAAAUAAUUUACAAUAGUAAGUUUGAAGUAUUGUAGAUUAAAUAUUUGAAUAGGCAGUUUAAAGGAAAUAGGUGAAGGGAGGAGAACAAUUCAUCAGGACCUCAGCAAUAGCCCUGGUAUACGCACCGGUUGAAUACUUCUCUGCAGCAUGGACACAAAACACUCACACAAGUAGGCUGGAUGUGCCACUUAAUGAUGCAAUGAGACUCGUCACUGGAUGUAUACGCCCUACUCCACUGAGCCACCUGCCCUUUCUCUUUGGGAUUCAAUCACCUCAUGACAUCCUCUCCAACAAGGAAGCUCCAUCCAGGUUGCGCUCACGGAGGCCCCUGCGCCCACAUAUGGAACGACAAACAGCAUUGGCAAGUGCAGUACCAACUGUUCCUGAGCGAUUGCAGCCAUACAUCGAAUCCUGGUCAGCCCACCCACCUGGCAACCAUCUUCGUAGGAAGGCUUGGAUGUAACUAAACAGGCUACAAUCAGGCGCUGGACGUUUUGCAUCCAAUAUAAAAAUGUGGGGCAUUGCAGAAAGUGAUCUUUGUCCUUCUGGGCACAUACAGACUCAUGAACAUGUUCUUAGCGAGUGUGCUGUGAUUGGACCUCCUUGCCCACUAUCUGAGGUUGACAACCCUCAACUGGUGGAAUACCUCACCAACUUCCAAUUUUGAACUGAUUUGUUGUACAUGAUGUAGUUUAACAUACGAGAUAAUAAUAAUGAAUUGAUUGUUGCUUAAAAUGCUCUAUCUGUUA